AUGGAAAGUGUGAUAUUUGGUGGAGAUAAUCCUUAGCCUCGUUUUGGUCAUACUAUAUGUUUAAUAGCACCUAAUAAGAUUGCAUUAUUUGGAGGUAUAAGUUAUGAAUAGUAUUUGAAUAGGAGCUGUAGGUGAUACAGGGAGAUAUGUGAUAACAGGAGAUGUAUAUAUAGGAGACAUGACAUAAAAGAAAUGGAAGAGAAUAGAAGCAAGUGGAAGUGUACCAACAAAUAGAGCAGCACAUUAAGCAUUAGCAAUAGAAUUGAAUUAAAUGAUAAUAUUUGGUGGAGCAGUAGGUGGAGGAGGAUUAGCAGAUGAUAAUUUAUAUGUAUUUGAAUUAAGAGAUGAUACAGGAACAUGGGUAACAGUACCAGUAAUAGGUACAACACCAGGGAGAAGAUAUGGACAUACAAUGGUGUUAAUAAAACCACAUUUAAUAGUAUUUGGUGGUAAUACAGGUUAAGAACCUGUUAAUGAUGUUUGGAGUUUUAAUUUAGAAAAGUCUCCAUAUUCAUGGUAAAAAUUAGAAUGCACUUCUGAAUAACCAAAUGUAAGAGUAUAUCAUUCAGCUGCAUUAUGCACAACAGGAUCAGCAAAUGGAAUGAUGGUAGCAUUUGGAGGUAGAACUAAUGAUUAAGGUGCAUUAAAUGAUACAUGGGGAUUAAGAAAACAUAGAGAUGGAAGAUGGGAUUGGGUGAGAGCACCAUAUAGAAGUUAAAGUGAAUAACCAUUAUAAAGAUAUUAACAUUCUACUUUAUUUUUGGGAACUUUAAUGUUAGUUAUAGGAGGUAGAUCUAAUAAUGUUGGAGAGACAUUACCAUUUGAAAUUUAUGAUACUGAAACAUCUGAUUGGUAUAAAUUCUAAGCAAUCUAAAGAUUUAGACAUUCUUCAUGGUUAAUUGAUCAAUUUCUUUAUUUACAUGGAGGAUUUGAUUCUGAUUAACCUAAUAUACCAACUGAAGGUAUAUUAAGAUUAAAUCUAUAAACCAGAUUUGCUUAAACUCCUUAAUUAUUGAGAUAAAUGAAUACUCUUAGAACUGAUUAAUCAUUUACAUAAUCAUUCAAUCCUAGACCUCCUACUAAUUAAACAUAAACUUAAGAUUAAUUUAGAAGAACUAAUUAAUAAUAAUAAAAUUCUAGUAAAAGUAUAUAAUUUUAUUAUUUAUUUUAGAUUAAAAUAAUAAUUAAUAAGUACGAGUAUCUAGUGCAACUAAUAAAAAUAUUAGAUUAGCUAAUUAAGCUAUAGUUGCUAUGACUUAUGGACCAGAAGAAGAUAUAACUAAUUAAGUUAAAAAAGUACCUAUUGAUAAAUUGCAAGAUGAACAUAAAAAAUUAGGAGCAGGAUUUUAAGAUCCAAAUUCAUAAAAUAAAUCAUAAUUCUUAGAUUAAUUAUGUUAACCUUUCAUUUAAAAUUUAUUAAUACCUAAAGAUUAUUAAUCUAUUCCUCCUAAUUCUAAUUUAUUAACUGGAAUCAAAAAAGAUAUGAUUAUUAAAUUAUGUGAUGAAGUUUAAAGAGUUUUAGAUAAAGAACCAAUUGUUUUAAGAUUAAGAAGACCAAUUAAAAUAUAUGGAAAUCUAAAUGGUCAAUUUUUAGAUUUAAUGAGAUUCUUUGAUCAUUUUAAAGCUCCAUAUGAUAAUUUAUAUAAUGGAGAUAUUGAUUCAUAAGAUUAUUUAUUUCUAGGUGAUUAUAUAGAUAGAGGAACAAGAUCUCUUGAAAUUGUCCUUUUAUUAUUCACCUUGAAAUUAAAAUAUGCUGAUUAAAUUCAUUUACUAAGAGGACAUCAUGAAGAUUCUAAAGUUAAUAAAAUUUAUGGUUUUGCAGAUGAAUGUUUUCUUAAAUUUGCAGAAGAUAUCAUGGAUCCAAAUAGCAUCUAUUAAAGAAUUAAUAGAGUUUUCUAAUAUUUACCAUUAGCAGCAGUUAUAGAAGAUAAAAUAUUAUGUGUUCAUGGUGGUAUUGGAUAAACUAUGCGAACUGUAGAUGAAAUUGAACUUAUUUAAAGACCUUUAGAGAUUGUACAUGAUCCUAAAACUGUAAAUUGUUUAUUUUAAUUAUUUAGUAUUAAUAAAAAAUUGCAUUGGAAUUAUUAUGGUCUGAUCCAUGUCUAUCUGAAGAAGAAUUAGAAAAUUUACCAAAUCCAGAAAGAGAUAUAUUUUAAAAUAAAUAAACUAUAAGAUUUGGUACUAAUAGAGUAAGUAAAUUCUUAUAAGAAAAUAAUUUAAACAUUAUUAUAAGAUCUCAUGAACCAACUCAAGAAGGAUUUGAAAGAUAAAAUAAUAAUGUUAUUACAGUAUUCUCAUGUCCAGAUUAUGGUGCUAACUCUUAAAAUAAUAAAGGAUGUAACACUAUUUUAUUUAAACUUAAGCUAUGCUCACAAUUUCCAAAAGAGGUGAAAUCAUUCCUAAAGUUAUCUUACCAGCCAAUUCUACCUCAGAACCAAGAUGGAUUGAUUUAGAAGAAGCAACUUAAAGAAAGAAAGGAUAUGCUAAAUAUGUAGUUAUAGAUAAUGAUGAACUACUAUUAAGAAAAAGAUAAUUUACACCUCCCAGAUCUAAAAAAUCUUCAUCUUAAAAAUAAUUCGCAUGA